CGAGUUGGUCCACGUCUCUUUAUCCCAAGAAAAGAAACAAAGCCUCAUGAUUUGGCUGGGCCAUUCAGCCUUCUGUGUCGAUCUGUGCCAUCGUCGGUAUUCCUUCUGCCGAAUAUUUCAUUUUGGCCUUGGAUCUAUAUCUUUAUACGGAAUACUGUUAAUCUAAAAUUCAGGAGCUAUUGUCGUCCAUCGAUGAGCAGCAACACAGCUUCAGUCAAAGGUUCGCAUAAUGGCUCAAGGGCAGCUGCCUGCGAAGCCUUGCAUGGGGGCAGGCGACACACCCACGGCCGAGGAGAUUCGGCAGAUUCAACAAUGCGAGAAACUUCUUCACUUCCGUGAUGAGGUGCUCUCUGGCAUCCAUCCUCGCAUCAAGCCAGCGCACCUGGUUGCAAAACAGAGAACACCCUCCUCGUCGUCCAAUAUCCCGACCUCCAAUCCCACUAUCCCUGCCGCCACCCAACCCUCGCAAGAAGCCAACACGAAUGGGAGGAGUAGUCAUGUAGUGGACAAUAUGCGCUCUUUUCAGGCGAAUCUACAGCGACCCUCAGUAUCUGCGUCUCUGCAGGGGCUGGGGGUCCCGUCCUCAGGCGUCAGCUCUGCGACUCCCGCCUCCUCCUUGCCCCGCCUGUUCGGGUCGGGCAAGACUGAGAUCGACCCGAUCCUACUAGAGAAGUCGGAUGAUUUGAUAAAGGCCGAGAUUCAACUCCAGAGAGUCAGGCUCGAGCGUGGCCUCAGGGAGCAGUUUGAACAGCGACGCGCUGUUGCAAAGGCCUCUCUGCAGGCGCCAGAACCCCUGGCUGACUUCGACCUCGCUGAUGUUUUGUCGCGAGCGUUGGCACUUGUUCAAUCGACUGCUGCUCAGUCCACUGACGAAACAGCUGCUAAUGCGUCAGCCUCGAGUGAUUCAUUCGAUGACAACACCUUCUAUUCCAGUCAGCACGACACACCGGAGCCACCCUCGGAGCCAGCCCAAGGCCGCAUGCCCAGUGAAUCCGAGGGAGAGCAGAUGAGAGACAGUUCGCCCUACGAGCCCGAACUUGAUCCCCAACCUGUUGCCCUAGGCCUAGCUGCCCAGAUAUCCGAGACGAAUGUCUCAAGCCAACUUGAUGCCAACUCCCUCCUCCAGAGGAACCCACCCUCUGCUGCCUACCCCCAGAACUCUCACCUAGGAGCGAACCUCAGACCGAACACGGAGAAAGAGCAAAGCAGUAUCACCAGGAUACCAGGCUUGCAGACAAUACAGGGCACUGGCACGGCUGACUCGCGGGACAGUGGCGAAGCUAGCCGCUCUAAAGCACCUCCAAGUACGGGGAAGAAGCAGAGCGAGCCGCGUCGGCCCCACCAGGCCAACCAACAGGUGCUGGACAAUGCUUUUGGGGACGCCAGAUAUAUCCGGGCUCAUAACCUCUCUCCCAUAGCUCCACAGCCAGCUCACGUGUCUCCUCUAGCCCUUGCGCGUGAGCCACCGGUAGCUCAGCAACAAGAACCUGAAACUCGCAGAGCCACUCCUCCCCAAGUUGCUGCCUUACGGAAGGGGCCCUCUGCCGCCACGAGUCCGGAAAGCUCGACGCAAGGGAAUAAGGGAGCCGAUAAGAAGAAGCCGAAAAAGAAGAAGAGAAAAGCCGAGAGACAGGCGGUUGAAGGUGCUGCUGCUUCUCCGUUUAUCAAGCCCGAGCCGCGCUCACCAUCUCCCCUCUCGGGUCCUCACGAUGUGAGGCCAGCCAAGCGGCAGAGACAGGCCCUGAGACCACAGGACGGGCUCCACUAUGAUGAGCCAAGGUAUGAGCAGCCUAUACCAAUAGACGAUGGCUACGGACAUCGUUAUCAGCCAAGGAGCUUCAGGGAGGAGCGAGGCCUGGCGCAAAACGAUAGACUAGUCGAUUUGCAGCCCCGCCACGAAGCUCAGCCCGUCGCCGCUGAAGCGGCGAGAUACGACAUGGAUUACUACGAGGAGCGCCCGCCACCUCCCGCUCAAUUUGCUCGACCGCCAUCCCAAACAGCGUACCGUGUGGAGUACGGUCCAGGAGAAGGACGAGUAGUGCAACAGCCCGUUCCCUACGACGGUGUAGAACAGCCCUACCACAGGGAUGUUCCGGCGCAGUACCGCAACAUGCGUGAGGAUCCACGGAUGAGCGUUCGACCAGGAAUGGAUCGGGAGCGAUCCAGGUCGCCGCCAGUUAUCUACGAGAGACCUGUGUCAGUCAUGCCUCCUCCCCGAGCCGCGCCAACACGCAUCUUCGUCGAUGAUUUUGGGCGAGAGUACAUAGAACCUCCCCGGCCCGUGCCCGUGGUCCGUCAAUCGGUCGGUCCGGGUGCGCCAGCUGUCCGGGCUGUCGAGUCAGACGUCCAGUAUGGACGCCCAGCACCCCCUCACCCUGCCUCGCGCCGGCCCGAAACCUUUGAGGAGAACGGCAUCGUGUACCGCAGGGCGUCGCCGCCGUAUAUCCCGCAGAGACGAGUGGUCACGCAGCCGGAACUUGCUGGGCCCGAUUACCGUGCCUACAGGGAGCGUGAGUAUUCGGCACGCUUGAUGGCACCUCCAGGGAAUGGAUAUGCACCGUCUCGCGUUCACCCAGAGAGCCGCCUGAUCGCGGAACCACCCCGAGAGUAUGUCGCGAGAGCAUCCAGCGUUCGGCCGGUUGGUGAGGGCAUUCGCUACGAGGUUGCUGGAGGUUACGACACAAGAGUUGGUGGCGAGUUUGAUCGUAACUUGCCUGCCAGGGCUGUAUCUGUGCGACCAGCUGAGGCACUCCGGUACGAAGCGCCGCAGGGAUACGAGCGACGAGUGGUAGACUCUCGUGGUGACUAUCUACGGACUGGGAGCGCCCGGCCAAGUGAGCCCGUGCGAUACGAGUUUGCAAGAGGGUACAGGCCAGGGAUCGGAAGCAUUCGCCCGGAUAUCGACGGUCGCGAGUACGCUGCGACCGUCCACCCCGAGACGCGAAGCGAGGUCAUGGCGCCGCCGGCCGAGGGCCGCGCAUUCAGCGUGCGGCCAGGCGACGCCGGCCUACCGGUCGGUCGCCCCGAGUACCGGCUUCGCCGCGCAGAGUCGUACUACGAGCGGCCGUUGGUGCGAGGAGAGGAGGAGGUCAUCUAUGUGGACCAUGCUCCCCGUCCGGAUGCAUACCAUCAAGCAUAGCGGGGCCAUCCAUAGUCGGGGUCUUCGAAAUGAGAGUAUCUCAGCGUCCCAUGACGGACCAUCCUUCUCGUCGCCAUAUUGGGAGUUGUAAGACUAGGAAGGGCCUGCUACUGGCGAAUUCCGGUUGCAGGAUCCCAGGAUGGGAGCUAUUGUGUGGGCGGCUUGGGAUUGUGUAUGAAGCAUUAAUCGAGUUGUGGUAACUCUAAUAGCUCAUGUGGGGGGGUUACGAAGCUGUGUAUGAAG